CAACAGUGGCUGUGGACUGGUGUCUACUAAUCUGGUUGUCUAGCCAAGCAGUGAAUGCCAUCCGAGGCCAAAAAAAAUACAUUACAAAAACUAUUCUGUAAACAAACAAUGUCGGAAAUCGUAUUCAAGAUCAACGGGAGGCAGUACAAAGCGGACGGCAGGUACGGUCCAGAGGUGUCCCUGAACGAGUACAUAAGGAACGUGGCUGACCUGCGCGGGACCAAGGCGAUGUGCCACGAGGGGGGGUGCGGCGCAUGCGUAGUCACUGUCAGCGCUGCUAUCCCCCCUUGCGACGAGGUCAAAGUGUUCGCUGUCAAUUCUUGCCUAGUAUCAGUAUUAUCCUGCCACGGCUGGGAGGUGACGACGGUGGAAGGCAUCGGCAACCGCACUACUGGAUACCACCAGCUGCAGCAGCGUCUGGCCAGCUUCAACGGCACGCAGUGUGGCUACUGCACACCCGGUUGGGUCUCUAAUAUGUACAGUCUACACGAGUCAAAAAAGAGCAUGACGGUGGAAGAAAUAGAAAAUUCCUUCGCAAGCAAUAUUUGCCGUUGCACCGGCUACCGUUCCAUAGCAGAUGCCUUCAAAACCUUCGCAACAGAUGCUGAUGAGAGGCUCACCAAUAAACUCAUCGACGUUGAAGAUCUAAACAUGUUCAAACUCUGCAGCGUCAAGUGCCCCACAACCUGCAGUGGUUGCCAAAAUAGAAACACAGAUAAGGAAGAUUUCAAAGACUGGUGCGUAGUAAAUGGUGGGAAGCACAAAAACAUGAUCGUUGUAGAUUGUGGUGACCACAAAUGGUACAAAGCUUAUACUCUGGAACACGUAUUUGAAGCUAUGAAUCAUGGUGAUUAUAAGCUAGUCGCAGGAAAUACAGGACAAGGAGUUUACCACAUAAAGGAUUACCCAAAAAAUGUGAUUGAUAUCCUCAAUGUGGCUGAACUGAAAGGACAUCUGGUUGAUGUGAACCUGGUGCUGGGAGCUGGCAUGUCUCUGACAGAGAUGAUGCAGGUAUUCCUCAAGCUGGCAGCCGAGAAGGAACACUUCUCAUAUCUGAGGAAACUGCAUGAGCAUAUGGACUUGGUGGCGCAUAUUCCUGUUAGAAAUAUCGGGACUAUUGGUGGUAAUUUAUUCUUGAAGCAUGCAAACAACGAGUUCCCAUCAGACGUGUUUUUACUUCUAGAGACAGUUGGAGCUAUGAUAACAAUUGCUGAGGCCGGCAACAAGAAAUCGACUAUGAGUUUGCCCAAAUUUCUGGACACCAACAUGACCGGGAAGGUCAUUCUGAACGUGAUGCUGCCUCCACUCACACGUCACUACUCCCUGGUCACAUUCAAGAUCAUGCCGAGGGCACAGAACGCUCAUGCAGUUGUGAAUGCUGGAUUUCUCUUCAAAUUUCACAAUGAGUCCAACAUGCUGGAAAAAGCUACCAUAGUGUAUGGCAACAUUACACCAAAAUUUAUACAUGCAAGUGACGCAGAGACGGUACUGGUCGGGAAAAACCCAUUUUUCAACGAAACUCUGGAUCUUGUACUAAAGGCUUUGGAUAAAGAGCUCCACCCUGAUGAUAUGCCACCGGAACCAUCAGCUGCUUAUAGGAAAAUGCUAGCUAUCGCUUUAUUUUACAAGGCAAUACUGAAACUCUGUCCAGACGACAAAAUUGACGCAAGGUGCCGUUCAGGAGGUUCUGCAAUCAAACGAGCUACUUCUCAAGGGACACAGGUCUUCGAAACAGACAAGAGUGUUUGGCCUCUUAACCAACCAGUGCCAAAGAUAGAGGCCCUGGUCCAAUGCAGCGGAGAGUCCACAUUCGCCAAUGAUUUUCCAACCCAGGUUGAUGAGGUUUAUGGUGCAUUCGUCACGGCUGAUGUAAACCCCGGAAGUAUCGUUGAUAGUUUUAAUACUGCUGAAGCUUUUAAAAUUCCAGGAGUGAUGGCAUUCUACUCGGCAAAAGACAUACCAGGGAAAAACUCUUUUGUUUCAACGUCCAAUUACUUCAUGACUGAAGAAGAAGAAAUAUUAGCUGCCAAGGAAAUCAAGUACUAUGGACAACCUGUAGGCAUUAUAGUCGCUAACAAGUCAAAGGCUGCUGCAAAAGCUGCUAAAAUGGUGACGAUAAAUUAUUCAUCUAUUAAAAAAGAAAAGCCACUACUAACCAUCGAUGAAGUGCUCAAAUCUCCUGAGAAGGAUAAAAGAGUGGUCAGAGAUCAAACAGUGGAACCUACAGAUACAGGUGAUGAUGUAACAAAAGUGAUAAAAGGCGAAUUCAAGAUAGAAGGACAGUAUCAUUAUACGAUGGAACCUCAAACUUGCGUCGUCAAACCAACAGAAGAUGGAAUGGAAGUGUAUUCUGCCACCCAAUGGCUUGAUUUAACUAAUGCGGCUAUAUCCGAGGCUUUGAAAAUUCCAAUGAAUAGAAUUAACGUGAUAGUGCGUCGCGUAGGGGGAGCUUAUGGGGCCAAGAUCAGUCGGGCGUCACAAGUGGCCUGUGCCGCGGCUCUGGUCACCCACCUUCAAGGCAAGGUCUGCAGGUUUAUCCUAUCAAUACAGGACAACAUGAAGAUCGUCGGCAAGAGACUCCCGACUACAUCGAAUUUUGAAAUCGGUGUUAACACGGCUGGUGAGAUCCAGUAUCUAAAGAAUUCAUACUACCAAGACGUGGGUUGUUCUUUAAAUGAGCGCGUGGCUCCUGUCACCGUCAAUCAUUUUAAGAACUGCUACGAUUCAAAGCGGUGGUACAUCGAGGCUAACAGCGUAAUUACUGACAACGCCUCCAACACCUGGUGCAGAGCUCCUGCUUCAACAGAAGGUGUAGCUAUGAUUGAAUAUAUGAUGGAGAAAAUAGCGUCUACACUUGGAAAAGAUCCUUUAGAAGUCAGACUCGCAAACAUGGUGAAAGAAGGCAACGCUAUACCAGAAAUGAUUGAACAAUUAAAGAUGGAUUGCGAAUACGAUGACAGAUUGAAAAAAAUUAAAGAAUUCAACGAUAACAAUCGAUGGAGGAAAAGAGCUGUCAAAAUUCUACCAUUGACAUAUGGGAUAUUUUACUUAGGUAACUUCAAUUGUAUUCUAUCAGUCUACCACACUGACGGAUCAGUAGUCUUGAUUCAUGGAGGCAUUGAAAUGGGGCAAGGCAUCAAUACGAAGGCAGCUCAAGUGUGCGCUUACAAACUGGGUAUACCUUUAGAAAAGAUUAGCGUAAAACCUAGUGCAACUUUCACCACACCGAAUGGAAUGACCACUGGCGGAAGCAUUGGGAGUGAAUGCGUAGCCUACGCCGUCACUAAAGCUUGUGAUAUUAUUCUCGAAAGAUUAGAACCUGUUAAACAAAAACUUGGAAAUGUGUCUUGGGAACAAAUCAUUGGAGAAGCUUUCGCAACUGGAGUCGAUUUACAAGCUUUAUAUACGUGUACAAAUGCUAAAGGUGAAAUUAAGCCUUACGAUAUAUAUGCCGCGUGUGCUUUAGAAGUUGAAAUCGAUGUUUUGACUGGAAAUAUUGACAUCAGAAGGGUUGAUCUGCUGGAAGAUACUGGGAGGAGUUUGAAUCCAGACAUUGAUGUUGGGCAGAUCGAAGGAGCAUUUAUCAUGGGUUUGGGGUACUGGACUUCAGAGAAAUUGGUGUAUGACAAUACCUCAGGGAGGCUAUUGACGGAUCGAACCUGGAACUACAAACCCCCUGGAAUCAAAGACAUACCGGCAGACAUGAGGGUCUAUUUCAGAAGGAAUGCUAGGAAUGAAUUUGGAGUUCUACAAUCUAAAGCAACGGGAGAACCCGCGUUAUGCCUAGCUACAACUGUCAUUCACGCUUUGCGACAGGCGGUGCGAGCAGCGAGAAUUGAAGCUGGAUAUCCUGACGAAUGGAUUGAUAUAGACAAUCCUUGCACUGUGGAAAACAUCUUUAUGUCAAUCGGUCACAAGCUGGAACAUUUUAAAUUAAAAUACUAAUGUUUACAACAAAAAAAUAUUAAAUUAAAUACCUACUUGUUGCGUAACCGGUACCUUCGCCCGCCUGCUCACACCCGUACGCCCUCGUCGUCGUCCCACGAGUUUCAAGUCAGCACAACUAAUGGAACAGCCGGCCUGCUGAGCCAGAGCUUCCCGACGACCUGAUUACUCUAGCCAUGGAGGCGGCCAAUCAGCUCGCGACACCAAACACUUCAGGACCCCGAUACCGACCCCGCUGGAUGACGUUUCCCCUCAAUCAGCGCUUAUCGCUAUCGACCCACUAGGGUCGAUUAAUUCAAAUAUUUUCCUCUCAGACGCCCUGAGCCGAUGUUCGCGCCCGACUAGGCACCCUCAGGCCUGUUGUCUUAAACGUUGUACCGGAUGAGAGCCUUCAGCGCUCCCCAUUCGUCCGGCUUAGUAGUUAAUGCCAUCUGCGGCAAAUCUACAAUAAGUCACGUCAAAAAAAAAGAGCCAGCGCCUCGUGCGCGACCGGACACGAUGCGCUGACGUCGAUCACGCCACCAAGUUACGUAAUAAUAAUGAAUAUAAAGUAUAAAAUA